UGGCCGACGCUCAUACCGUGGCGACUGCGAGGUAAACAAACCCGUUCGCUCGCGUCCCCGCACCACCCGAUUCUUUGAUCGGGAGUGGUCGCUCCGAUCGGAUCGGCACGUCGCUAUGCCGGCCGCGACGGCGCCGAGCUCGCCGAACGGCGGUGCGUACUCGCCGCCGGUCGCAGCGGUGAAAAUGGACGGCUUCAGGACGAUGGACGACGAAGUGGACGCGAUCUCAGAUUCCCUCCCCUUCAAUGCAUGGGACAAACUGGUGCUCCUCUUCUCCGUGACGACCGCGAUCGUGGACGUCUUCACCGACGCCUGGGUGGCGCACAGGUACUGGCAGCAGGGCCAGCGGGUCUACUUCGGCCUGACGAUCGCGCUCAUCUUCGUGCCCUCCUGGAUCGUCACAUGGAUUAGCCUCAGGUGGUGCCUCAUCCAGAAGCGCCACCCCGAGUACGACGAGUUCAGGCUGCGGACGAAGCUGGCCGUCGUCCUUCACGUCUUCCAGCUCGCCAUCGUGUACAGGUACCUGAGUGCACUGAUCUUUGGCUGCAAGAGCCAAGACAAGUCGCGCACAAAGACAGAUCGUCGCAUCUACUAUCAGCUGAUGCUGUGGGAGGACAACGAUGCUUCCAUUCUGCGAUUGGUCGAGUCCUUCCUCGAGUCAGUGCCACAGCUCUUGCUCCAGGCCUACGUGCUCCUCACCACACCGGACCAGGCACAGUCGUUGGUGCUCGCGCAGGUGGUGUCGGUGGGAGUUGGCGUCGGGUCGGUGGCCUGGUCGCUGGUGGCCUACGUGCGAACGCUGCGUUUCUCGCUCGAGGACGCGCCCAACGUCUCCUGGCUCGGCACGCUGGUCAUCUGCUGCUGGCGCCUAAUGGUGCUCAUGCCCCGACUGACCGCCCUCGCCCUGUUCACGUCGGUAUUCCAAUGGGCGCUGUUCGUCGUCUGUGGCAUCCGCUGGCUGCUCAUGUAUGCCUGGCUCAUCAAGUUUGUGCGCAUCGGCCAGUACAAAGGCAGGAGCGACAAGCUUGUCUUCAAAGCGGUGCUGGCGUUUAUAUACAUUUCCUGUUUCAUCGACCUGGCUCCUGGAAACCGUCGGUUCCGUUACGCCUUCUUCUACGCGUUCACCUUCGGCGAGAAUGCUCUUUUGCUCGGACUGUGGUACUACUACAAGCAGGGAAGCCCCUGGUAUGAAACAGUCGCGCUCCUGGGCAGUUUCUGCAGCUUCUGUAUGGGCAUGGUCUUUCUGGUCGUUUACUACCUUCUGCUGCACCCAAAUGCUUCAAGCAUUGUGCAACCGGAAAUGCAAGAUGCAAACACCCGCAUCGGCUACACAUCCGACGGGCUGGAGGACUCACCGGUGGACACGCCAAAUGCGGAGCACAGAUCACCACCCCGCGUCCGCCUCGCCGAUGUUGUUCCCAAUGGCGACUCGUCUGAGACGUCUUUCUUCGAAAGCGGGGACUCCCCGUGCUCUGUUCCGGGAUUCAAGGUGACAGCUGUCUGACACAGGGCCCAGCCCUCCGAAGGGGGAAGAGGAAGCGACAACUCUGCAAUGCCCUCGUACCCGCUGCACAUUUCUCAUGCGAGCGAGUCCAGUCGAGUGGCAAUGAACUUUGCAGACAUGCUCUGAAAUCGUGAGUUCACGAUGUCUGGUGUUGAACGUAGAACAGAAAAGUGUUUCGACUCGCCCGUCAAGUGAGAUACAGGUUGAAGCCUUGUGGAACAAGUGAGAAAGUUAAGAAAGCACAGAGGUGCGCCAAGCGAGAUGUAUUGAUAUUUGUUGAUGAGAUUAUUGGCUGUGCUCUCAAAACUGGCCUGGGCUAGAGAUUGGGAUUGCUUGUGAAUGAAUAAGCUGCGAGUGUAACUCGAAUCUAGACAUUGAGCCGAGGAAAGAGAGAUUCCAGUUAGGUAAUAUAGAAGGAGAGAACGACACCCACAAUGCCUUUGUCAUUUGUAAGUUAGUAGUUAGAUGCUGCGCUGAUCCCUCGCAAACGUGGUUCAAACUGAAGGCCAGCCUUGCCCAUUACUUUAAUCAUUGAAGGUGGUGCAACGAAGAAAAAUUGUGAGUACAUGGCCUAGUAGCUACGAAGAAGGUUAGAAACUCUGCUCAACUACAAAGUUGUAGGGUUGUCCACCGAGUCAGCAAGCAUUAGAAGUGCUAAUACUGCACACUGUUUGUGAGACUGCAUGGCCACUCACGAGAAACUUUCGCCCGUGCCGAUACGUACCAACUGUCAACAGCCAAUGUUGACUUGUCAGAUUACAGGGAAAUAAUAUAACCAGUGCUGAAAAUACAGGCUUGUUCACCUGAUGUAGCACUCACUUUGGCUGCAGCCACACUGACGAUAUAAAAAUGAUAAGCCUCC